AUGUCCUUAACAAAUUGCCGUUUCUACGAGGAGAAGUACCCAGAGGUCGACAGCUAUGUCAUGGUCAAUGUCAAGCAGAUCGCCGAAAUGGGCGCAUAUGUGAAGCUCCUCGAAUAUGACAACAUCGACGGAAUGAUUCUGCUCUCCGAACUGUCGCGAAGACGUAUUCGCAGUAUCCAGAAACUUAUCCGCAUUGGACGCAAUGAGGUCGUCAUCGUUCUCCGUGUCGACAAGGAAAAAGGUUAUAUCGAUCUUUCCAAGCGUCGAGUGUCCCCGGAAGAUGUUAUUAAAUGCGAGGAGCGGUACAACAAGAGCAAGGCGGUGCAUUCCAUCAUGCGACACGUUGCUGAAGCCACCCAGACCCCUCUGGAGACACUAUAUCAGACUAUCGGAUGGCCCCUGAACCGGAAAUACGGCCACUCGCACGAUGCUUUCAAGAUCUCCAUCACGAACCCCGAUGUGUGGAACGAGGUCGAGUUCCCCAACGAGAACGUGAAGAAGGAGUUGACGCACUAUAUUAGCAAGAGGCUUACUCCCCAUCCCACCAAGGUCCGGGCCGAUAUUGAGGUUACUUGCUUCGGCUAUGACGGAAUCGACGCGGUCAAGAGUGCUUUGCGCACUGCCGAGGAAAGCAACACCCCCGAAAGCCAGAUCAAGGUCAAGCUGGUCGCUCCUCCGCUGUACGUCCUGACCAGCCAAUGCUUGGAUAAGGCAAUUGGUAUCAAGAUGCUCGAGGAGGCUAUUCAAAAGAUUGACAGCAAGAUCAAGGAGGCGGGUGGUGGCUGCAUCGUCAAGAUGGCUCCCAAGGCCGUUACGGAACACGAUGACGCUGCGCUCCAGGAGCUCAUGGAGAAGCGCGAGCGUGAGAACAUGGAAGUCAGCGGUGAUGAGAGCAUGUCUGAGAGCGACGAAGGCGUUCCCGAGUAA